AUGAACUUAGAAGCCAUUCAUCGGUUGAUCGAGGAAGCACACGACUUCCAGAUGCAGCAGGCUUCAGCUAAAGCUCGCUGCUGCGAUGUGGAAGCUUCUGCAUCGCCCCCCAAGAACCCCGGAGGUUCUGGCUUUCCUCUUUCCGAACUACAGCCCCAUGCUGCCCCAACCCACGGUGGCCCCUCGCAGGCCUCCCCCAAGUGGGACUUUUGUGAAGAGCUUCGCCUGCGGGAACUCGAAGAAGUCAAGGCCAGAGCUGCCCAGAUGGAAAAGACCAUGCGCUGGUGGUCAGACUGCACCGCCAAUUGGAGAGAGAAAUGGAGUAAAGUUCGAGUGGAAAGGAACCUUGCCAAAGAGGAAGGAAGGCAACUAAGACUAAAACUAGACAUGGUAAUGAAAGAAUUGAGUGUCCUGAAAAAGAAGCAAAGCCUGUCACUUCCCAGGGAAGCCACUGGCACCAAAGUGAACCAGGAUGCAGAGCUCCCUAGCUUUGUAGAGCUGUCUUCUGACUGUACAGAGCCAUCGCCAAGGAGUUCACAACUCUGCGGAUCUAUGAGACAAUGUUUAGAGAAAAGACAGUUUCCUGCAGAGAGAAACACAGAUCGUAAGGAAGCUGUUGUUAAUGAUCCGUUAAGGUUAAAUGAAGAGACAAGCCCCGAUCCAGAUUGCAGUGGUAGAUUUAGAAGGGCACCUGGGCUCACGCUGACAGCAAAGUAUCCGCCUCCAGAGAACAAAGGAACUGCUGACUUGUCAGCUUUGCCGGGGCACCUGGCUGCGUUCCAACACGCCUUCCAGAAGGAGCGAGAAAUGCGUGUAGCUUUGGAAAAGGAGAUAGAAAGACUGGAGUCGGCCCUGUCUCUGUGGAAACGGAGGUACGAAGACCUGAAAACAUCAAAGGCGCCGCGUGGGAAAGAGCUUUUAUUUAGUUGCAUAUUCUUCAUGAUAAACAAGAAAAUGCAAUGGAAUAGCUAUUGAGGGAAACAAGAGUCAGAAUCUCAGUAUAGCAGAGACAGUGUCAUCUGUGAGCUCAGAUCUGAGCUAGAGAGACUGCAGGCUGACAACACCUUGGAGUGGGACAAGAGAGAAAUACUUGAAUCAGAAAAACAAAGACUGGAAAGAGAAAACAGAAAGUUGAAGAUCCAGGUGGAAGAAAUGAAAGAGCUCCUCGAAAGGAAAAACAGAUUGAGCGCAGACAUCCAAGGCCCUGCUACGAAGAUAUCACAAAUGGACCUGCACGGACAGCCCAAGGAAAUGGUAGAGCUUCAGCACGCCUUCCAGAAACUCAGCAGAUAAUAGGAGGCAAAGGCGGCCGAAGUGACUCGUGCAAACAACCGAGCAGAUCACAAUGGAGCAGAAGUGAAAGGACUGAGACUUCGCGUGGAAGAACUCGAACUGGGGCUUGAACAAAAGGAGGAUGAGGGACUCCUAAGUGAUCUCAUGCCAUGGAAGUAA